AUGUAUCGCAAGACUAACUGGGGUUGGGGUAGUGGCGACGAGAACGUAAUAUAUUCGGACUCGGCCACCACCAGCCCCAUGGCUACCGACUCCUCCUUUAUAGCUUACACUGACAACAACAUAGAGUUCAGCAUCGAGGCCAGACUAUCACCGGGUAACGUACCUACAUUCGGUGCAUCACCCACGAGCAGGUCCGUGACAGACGACACCGCCGUGGGGACCCUGAUUGCCACGGUAACCGCUACAGACGCCGACACCCUGGAUACACUAACCACCCAAUGGACGGCAACCAACCCCGCCGGUAGUUCAGCAGUGUUCAACUACGAUACUGUCACAGGUGCUCUUACAACAACAAACCAACUCCCUGUCGGAACAACACAACUGACCUUCACCUCUACAGACAACUGUGGAAACACAGAUACACAUGUGUACUCAUUGACUGUUACAAAUUAUCCUCCCGUUUUUCAAAACCUUCCCGAUACAACGUCUAUCAGUGAAGACAUUGCUGUAGAGACUCAGUUAAAAGUCCUGACGGUUACUGACGCCUCAUUGGCUGACACAGUCACGUGUUCUAUCAACAACAUUGACCCAACGACCACUGAUCUAUAUCUACGAUAUGCUUCCGGAACAGCAGAUUAUGCAGUUUAUUUGAGAGCUGACAACGAUCUAGACUACGACACACAGCGCCAGUAUGUUAUUACAAUCGACUGCACAGACACCAAAGUAACUGUCCAUGAAACAUACACAGUGUACAUUCUAAGGAAUCAGCAGCCGACAAUAACUAAUCUACCCGCCGGUUCCAACUCCAUAGAAAUUGCUGGAUCCACCACACCGAUCGGAACCAAAAUAUUCACCGUGACCUCGACUGACCCGGAGAAUGACCAGCUUCAUUACAAUAUGACCUGUAUCCCAGCAUGUCCUUUUAAGAUAUACGACUCUGGAGCCAUACUGGUAGACAGCAGUUUGUCUGGUCUGACGUCAACAGCGUAUGACCUGUUUGUCUACGUGUAUGACGGUAGCACGCUGGUCGGGCCCAGGAGUUUGACGGUCAAAAUAUCAGAUAUCAACACGGCUCUAAACAUCACAAACCUACCCUCGGGGAUAGUCGUGCCAGAAAACAGUGCCCCCUCCACCACAUUGUACACCCUUGAGAAGACGGACGUCAACAGUCUGGACACGCACACGUGGACCUACUCCAUCAGCUCGGGGGGCUCUGUCUACUUCGCCGUGGAUAGCUCCGGUAACGUUAAAACAACUUCCACUCCAAUCGACUAUGAGAUCAUCACCCCUAAAAUAUUCUACGUGACGGCAUAUGUAUCUGACGGACAGGCGUCGGCAAGCGGGACGCUCACUAUCGACGUGUCUAAUGUAAACGAGCCGCCAUCUUUCUCAAAGACGACAUACUCCGUCACCGGAAACGAGGGAGUAGCUGGUGUCACUAUCGGGACGCCGGCGUUUGCCGUCACAGACCCGGAAAGAGACACGACAACGUAUUCACUUGACUGCGCAGAGUUCACACUUAACCCAAUUUCCGGGGUUUUGACGUUCACUAGCGACUACGACGUUGACGCUGGCCUCGCUACCACUGUAUCCUGUGGUGUGACGGUGUCCGACGGAAGUCUGACCGACACGGCUACUCUCGUGGUCAACAUAAACAACAUCAACGAUAAAACCCCAACCUUCUUCAGAAGCACCUACUCGUUUUACGUCACUCACGACUCCACUGUUGGUACAGUCAUAGCUGAUAUUCCGGCGACAGAUGGGGAUAUAGGCACUUUUGGUGAGAUUACGUAUUCCAUCGACCAAACUUCAACCGGGGGAACAUUCUUCAGAAUGAACUCUGAUGGUGGGCUGUACGUGGCGUCAGAUUUAUCCACUUUCAGUGCGGGGGCAUCAAAAGACAUCAUUAUUACCGCCACUGAUGGCGGCGACCUGACAACCACCACCACGGUUACCAUAGUGAUCCCAGGUGUUCCCACUACCACUGUUUCUACAACCACAGACAGAUACAUGACUUUUUUUGAGGACACUCGGAAUGUGGCGUGGUUUGUUGUAUGUAUGUCUGUCCUGUUGGGCCUUUUUAUACUGAUCUCAUUUAUCAUCGUCCGCUAUGGUGACUUCUCCUGGAUGAAAAGACUGUGUGAUGAAUUAGCCAGGCAAUGCAGAGGAAAACGCCGCUCAAAAAUCAGAAGAGAACCAAUAAAAAUGUCCUACGUAGAACCAGCUCGUGUGCGUACCCCGGCUACAAAGAUUACUUGGGAGGCAUGGAGAACGAGCGAUAAUCGCUUUUAUUGACACACACGUCAGACAUUGAAAUUAAUAUUUAAUCAAAAUUGACACUGAGUUAAAUUUUGUUAAUAUUUAUUUUUUGGUUAUAAAGAAACUUUUUUUUACAAACAAUAAAUGUUUGAUUUUG